CCCCUGGCCACCGAAGACAGCUGGACAACAGCAAGAAGAUCAGCUGCUAACAGAUACUACAGAGAAGAAGUGCCACAAUAGAAUUGUCAGCGAGAAGACAAGCUAUCAGAGAUCAAGUACUACUGGAGCGCAUGAGAACGUCUGCUUUCUCCUCUUCCUGCUCAUAGUGAGAUUGCUGCCAAAAAAGGAAAGGUCCAGGACCAGCCUCAGCUCUAUAAAAAACACUCAACAUCUGCACCCUUCGUAUUUGUCUGCUUCUUUCCUCCCCUCCUCCUCUUCUCGGGUGUGAUACCACCAUGGACCGCUCGGUACAGGAGCUGUUCCUCAACUUCAUGAUCGUCUUAAUCACUGUGCUGCUGAUGUGGCUGCUGGUGAAAGCGUACCAGGCCUAAACCAUGGAGCAACAAGAGACGAGAUGAACGGGAGGAAGAGGAGACAGAGAGAUGUGUGUGGAAGGAAGCCAGCCUGAUUAUUGUAGGACUUUGAUUAUUCUUCAGACACAGUGUUUACAUCUUUUCAUUCUUUUUUUUUAGUCUGGUCCAGAGCUCAAGUAGCGAUGCGAUGUCUAAAAUCAUGUGAUUGCUUCAGACAGAUUGUCAUUUAAAAACUAAUCUUAGAUCAGAAUUUGUUUUGAGAUGUGUUUUGAAAGUGGCCUUGAAUAUUUGGCAAGAGCCAAAGGGGAAGUCACAGUAGAGAUGGGAGGGUGAAUAAAAAUAAAUAAACAGGGGUUUUAAAGUGACAGCUAUGAUACACAGUAAUGCCACAUAAACAGCAGUACAGCAUCCCAUGUGGCAUUCCUGUGACAAUGAUACAUGAACCAUGCUGUUGAGUCUAUUGUUCUGUUUUUACUAAGUGAUGAAAGUAUCUAUGCAGACAUUAUAUCUACUCAAAGAAGAAGACAUCUACACAAAUAAGGAAGCAUUAUGUUUAUGUUCACUUCUUGCCAUUAAACAGUCUUUCAUUUGUUGGAUUAGUUUUCUGUUUCAUAACA